AUGUCGCCUACUCAUGUAAUCGAGGGUCUGGAAGUUGAUGGGAUAUCUGGUCAAGAUGUUGUAGUCGUCGGAGCAGGCCCCGCUGGACUUAUGCUGGCUGCCAAUCUAGUCCGUUUUGGCGUCAAGACAACCAUUCUUGACGACAGAGCGGACAAGACUUCUACUGGUCGAGCAGACGGAUUGCAGCCAAAAUCGAUUGAGACUUUGAAACAGAUGCGUCUUGCCGACCCAUUGCUGCAGCGAGGUGUUCGAAUCCACGACAUCUGUUUCUGGAGCUCUGAUAAAGAUACACCUCUGAAGAGGACAGAGCGAACAGAGCAUUUUCCUUCCAUGGUAGAUCUUCUGGACCCGUACAUCCUUCUCGUCCAUCAAGGCAUGGUAGAAGACAUCUUUCUGCAAGACUUGAAGACCAGAGGGGUUGAGGUCACCAGAAGUUCUCCUUUUGUGAAGUACAGAAAUCAUGGAUCUGGAAUAGCCCUCGAUGUGUUCAGCCGCUCGGCCACAAUUGGAAAAGAGCGACUCUGGCAGUCAAAAUAUCUAGUUGGUUGCGACGGCGCACACUCACAAGUCCGCAAAGCUAUCCCUGAUAUCAGAGCUGAGGGUUCAUCUUCCGAAGCUAUCUGGGGUGUGCUGGACGGUAUUAUAGAAACAGACUUCCCUGAUCUCUGGAGCAAGGUCGUUGUCUACUCAGAAGAGGCUGGUAACGUUCUUUGCAUUCCGCGCGAGCGUAAUUUGACGCGACUCUACAUCGAGCUCCGACCCGAGUCGGAUGCGCCUAUUGACAAGGAAAAGGCGACUCAGGAGUUUGUCAUAGAUAGGGCGAGACAAAUUCUGGCGCCCUACAGCCUAUCAUGGGAGAGUGUUGAGUGGUUCGGCAUCUACCAGAUUGGCCAGCGAGUCGCAAAUAAGUUCACAGAUGACGCCAGACGUGUCUUUAUUGCCGGCGACGCGAGUCACACACACUCUCCUAAAGCGGCGCAGGGUAUGAAUACUUCAAUGCACGACUCCCUUAACCUGGCCUGGAAACUCAAUCUCGCCGUCCGUGGACUCGCCAAACCAUCCUUACUGGAAACUUAUGAACUUGAACGCCGCAAAAUCGCCCAGGAUCUGAUCAACUUCGACUAUGAGCAUGCUAAUGCAUUCCACGACGGAGACGCAAAGGCUCUCGCACGCAAUUUCUUGACCAACGUUCGCUUCAUCUCAGGAGUAGGGGUUGAAUAUGGUGCCAACCCCCUGAACCGCGUUACUGACACACCUGGCGGCGCGAAGCCAGGCAGUCUGCUACCACCAGCAAAACUCACUCGCUACAUCGAUGCAAAUCCUGUAGAUGCUCAGCUUGACAUCCCAAUGCUGGGGCAGUUUCGGACUUACUUCGUAUGCAAAGACGUUCAUCGGUCGAAAGACUUCAUGAAAUCUGUCUGCGCACAUGUCUCAUCCUCCGACUCAGUCCUAGGUCGGGCUUCUGAGGCACUUGAAGCUUCGUACCAAGAUCAAGCUCCGGCGCCUACUGAAUCAGAUUCUUACAUCCAACCUCAGCGCUACGUUGCCAGCAGCCGUCUUUCGACCUUUUGCCUCAUUACAACCACAUCGAAACCAGACUUUGAAAUAGCUGAUCUCCCUGAGGUGCUCCAAGCUAGCAAGUGGACGGUAUACUUGGACAAUGUGCCUCAACAAGAUACUCGCGGUCAGCAUUGUAUCGACAAGUGGACGGGUGCUCUCGAGGAUGAACAAAUUGCUCUGUUAGUCGUAAGACCUGACGGAUAUGUUGGUGCUAUGAAGUCGUGGCCAAGCAGCACAGAAAGUAGUGCGCAAGCUUCAGCAUGGUUGGAUGACUACUACGGAAGUUUCCUUGUCUGUUAA